AUGCAGGAGCUUGCAGCAACUCGCAUACAUUUGCGAGCACGACUGGCACGAGCACGAGCAGCUCUCACAGGUGGUCGCCUUGGACCCCAGACAACUCUGGUCGACGAGGUCAUUCUGGCCAACUUGCAGGCCAUGCCCAAGUCCACUUCUUCUUCACUUGGUCUGCGGGUGGCAACUGCUUUGCAGCGCCUGCUUUCGGCACGCGGGGUCCAGACCGGCCGAAUCAGGGUGCUCAAGGUCAACUCGUUCAAGGAUGGACAACGGGAGCUGCUAUGCGACAUCGGAAUUCCAUCAUCAUCGUCACUAUGUGCUGUCGUGCGACUUCUAGAGCGAGCCCUCUUCACUGAAGAGGCGCAGAGGCCCGAAUCAGUAGGCCUGCUGCACGUUCUUCGUGCUGUCAGUGCCCAAAUCAGCACGCUGAAGGUGGAAAUCAGGCCAUCCAAGGAAAGGCUUGUCAACAGCCUUCGCAUGGCUAUCCCCAAAACAGUCAUCCUCCCGAGAAGAGUGGAUGCUGUGAUCCAGGCCAGAAGAGUAUCAGGGCGCAAACCUGCGUGCGAAUGCACGACAUUGGUCAGCAUAUGCGGUACUGAUCAUUCGUAA